UUAUGCCUUGCAGCGUGUGGUUGUGGAUCACAGGCAUCUCCUUUCUUCUUCUUUGUCUGCUUCGUCUUCUCUCUGAAGGAGUGGAGCUCAGUGACUUCGGUAACAUCCUACAAGCAUUAUCCAACCACAUCUUGGUGUUUCCCUUGAAUCUCAGAAGCCUGUUUCUCUUUUCUGGGGAUUUUCCAGAUUCCUGGAUUGUUGGCAGCUUGAAAAUUUGGGUUGUGGGAACCCCUGAAGUCUAGGGUUUAGUGGACAUCCUGGAUUCUGGGGGUCCUCUGGAAGGAGCAAGACCUGCGAUCUUCCUGAACAGGCUCUUCUGCAAGUCCCCAAAGUUCUGGGUUUUUUUCUGAUUUUGUUUUUUGUGCUAAUUCAUCCUGAAGCACCGCGACCAUCGCCAAUCUCACUGGCCAUCCUGAAACCCUCUUGGGUCUUCCGGAAACCCUCCAUUGUACUAUUUGAAGAAGAAGUUUGGGCACACUGAGCUUCAAAUUCUACCGGAUUCUUGGUCUCUGUAAGCACACAGCGGUCCUGUUUCUCCUCCAAACUGGCUGAGCUCAAGGCUUUCUGAUCCCAACAGAUCUUAGGGUCCUUCCAGAAAUUUCACAAUCAGCAAGAAAGAAAUGUCUCAAGGGUAUGCAGUCGAGCUCUACUUCGAUCCCGCCCUCGAGAACCAGGUUUUGAAGGCGUGGAACGUCCUGGCGAGGCGGCAGAUCAGCACCCAACUCAUCGAAAUGGAGUCGCGACCCCACCUCACCCUCCUCUCGAGUCCCCUUCUCGAUCCUCAGAAGAUACAAUCCGUGGUCCGCACUUUCGCGGCCAAGCACGAGCCCGUGCCGCUCACAUUCUCCUCCGUCGGCUCAUUCUCCUCAGCAUCCCCGUCGUCCGGCAAUGGCCUCCUCUUCCUCUCUCCGACGCCCACCUCCUCCCUCCUCGACCUCCACCGUCAGCUCUGCGACUCGCUGAGGAAGGAGGGGAUUGAGAUCAGCGAGCCCUACCUUCCCGACUCAUGGAUCCCCUCCUGCGCGGUGGCGCAGGACGUGCCCAGAAGUCGGAUCGCGGAGGCCUUCUGCAUUCUCCGGGACCUCAAGCUGCCGGUUAGCGGGUACGCCCUGGAUAUCGGCAUGGUGGAAUUCUCUCCAGUGCGCGAACUGUUCUCCUUUCCAUUGGGCUGCGCGUCUGACCCGUGAAUUAUGAGUUCUUCGCCUCUUCUUUUGUUCAUCAGUUGUACCUGAUCGAUGCUGAAGGAUUCGUGGAGAUGAAUUGUACAUUGCUCAGUUAUGUAGGUCUUUUACUUUCUUUCUCAUCGAGAUGUUAGAGCUCAGUUCGUAUAGCACAUUAUUGGUUACUUUUGAUCUUAAUUUAGUUCUUUAUUUUAAUGGUUGUGCAUCAACCAGAAUGUUUUUCAUUCAUGACUAAGAUUCAUAACCCAUCAUUUUUUGA